AUGACCGGCGGUAUUGCCACCUGGACAAGUCUCAUCUUUAUUGCUUCAUCGAGUGUUGGCAUUUCAUUUUACUUCAACAAUGUCCAGCAAACUCCGUAUAUGGACGAAAUUUUUCACGUGCCUCAAGCGCAGCAAUAUUGUAGAGGCAAUUUUAGUUCGUGGGAUCCCAUGAUUACAACAUUACCUGGGACCUACCUGACCAGUGUAGGGAUCCUGUACCCAGUCUCUUUAGCGAUACAGCAACAGCUGACAGAUAUGUGCAUCACACCUGUCCUCCGCAGUAUCAAUAUCCUGUUUACCACAGCCAACUGCUACCUUUUACACUGCAUCAGCUCUGCUCUUGAACCUCAGAUUUCAUCAUGGAGAGCUGCAGUGAAAGCUGUGACCUUAAGCACGUUCCCAGUGAUGUACUUCUUCACCUUUCUCUAUUACACUGACCCAGGCUCCAUAUUCUUUGUCCUAAUGAUGUAUUACUUUCACAUUCAGGGACACAAACCACUGGCCGCUGUGAUGGGUGUAGUGGCCAUACUGUUUCGCCAAACUAACAUCAUAUGGGUAGUGUUUAUGGCUGGGUUAUCCACACAAGCUUGUAUCAUUGAUUGGAUGAAAGUUGAAAAAACAUCAAAAACUGAUAACGAAAAUGAUUGGAAAAUUCUUAAAAGAUUUUUUAGUUUAGUUUGGUCCAAUUUGAGGAAGCCUUCCCUGAUUCUGGAGUUAUUAUUGAACGUCCUGAGAGCAACUUUCUGGUACAUUGGUGUGGGAGCAGGAUUUGCGUUAUUUAUUUAUCUUAACAAUGGUAUUGUUGUUGGAGACCGAAGUCAUCAUCAGGCCUGUUUAAAUUUCCCACAAGUCUUCUACUUCUUUUCAGUAACUCUCGUCUUCGGAGUCGCUCACUUGAUCUCUGUCCUAAGACUUAUGAACUUUAUCAGAUUUUCAAUCAAAAAUAUUUUUGUAGUGUUUGCAUUUUGUUUGCUGUCCUUUUUCCUCAUUUAUAAAUUUACUUAUGUACACAAAUAUUUAUUAGCAGACAAUAGACAUUAUGUGUUCUACGUGUGGUCUAAAAUUUUCAGGCGACAUGAAUACGUCAAGUUUGUUUUAAUCCCUGUAUACUUUUAUGCUGCAUAUCAAGUUCAUGAGUGCCUUAAACAUAAAAACGUUUUCUGGAAGUUGGUCUAUGUUGUGUGCCUACUGUUGAGUACAGUACCACAGAUGUUAAUGGAGUUUAGAUACUUCAUAAUACCUUAUCUUAUUCUGAGACUAAACAUGGUAAAUGAAUCUCUCACUCAAACAGUUAUGGAAUUCCUUAUGUAUGUUGUUGUCAAUGCAGGCACCAUAUAUAUAUAUGGAGAAAAAUCUUUUAUGUGGGAAAAUUCCAAUGAUGUGCAAAGAUUCAUGUGGUGAAUAAAUAAUGUGUAAAAAUAA